AGUCGAUAAUUCAGAAGACCCAGUGUAUGAGAGCUUAGAAGAGUUCCAUGUUUUUGUCUUAGCCCAUAUUUUGAGAAGACCUAUUGUUGUAGUAGCAGACACAAUGUUACGAGACUCAGGGGGGGAAGCAUUUGCACCUAUACCUUUUGGAGGAAUUUAUUUGCCACUUGAAGUUCUACCUAACAGAUGCCAUUGCUCACCUCUUGUGCUAGCCUAUGAUCAGGCCCAUUUCUCUGCUCUUGUUUCCAUGGAGCAAAAAGAUCAACAGAGAGAACAAGCGGUGAUCCCCCUGACUGACUCAGAACACAAGUUACUGCCUUUGCACUUUGCGGUGGAUCCUGGGAAAGACUGGGAGUGGGGAAAAGAUGACAAUGAUAACACCAGACUGGCCAAUUUGAUUCUGUCUCUUGAGGCAAAGCUUAAUCUUCUACACAGCUACAUGAAUGUAACAUGGAUACGCAUACCAUCUGAGACACGGCAGGCCCCUUUGGCUCAACCAGAAUCCCCUACAGCUUCAGCCGGGGAAGAUGUUCAGUCUCUGGCUGACUCAAUGGACUCGGACCGAGAUUCCAUCUGUAGUAACUCCAAUGGCAAUAAUGGCAAAAACAGUAAAGAAAAAGAAAAGGACAAACAGAGGAAGGAGAAAGACAAAACCAGGACGGAUUCAGUUGCCAAUAAAAUAGGAAGCCUCAGUAAAACCCUGGGAAUUAAACUGAAAAAGAAUAUGGGUGGUCUUGGAGGCCUGGUGCAUGGCAAAAUGAGCAGAGCCAAUUCAGGGAAUGGAAAAAAUGGUGAUGCAGUAGAGAAAGUCAAAGAGAAGAAGUCCAAGUCUCGAAAAGGGAGCAAAGAGGAAUCUGGACAGUCUGCGAGCACUUCCCCAUCUGAAAAGACCACUCCAUCUCCAACUGACAGAGCUAGCAACUCACCCAUUGAAAAGAUGAACACUAAACCCUUCUCUGACAAGCCGUCUGACCCAUGGAAGUACAGCACUGACGUGAAACUCAGCCUAAAUAUUUUGAGAGCUGCCAUGCAGGGUGAACGAAAGUUUAUUUUUGCUGGCCUUCUUUUGACCAGUCACAGGCAUCAGUUCCACGAGGAGAUGAUAGGCUAUUACCUGACCAGUGCACAGGAGCGUUUCAAUGCAGAACAGGAACAGAAAAGAAAGGAUGCUGAGAAAAAGGCUGCACUGAAUGGGUCAUCUAGUAGGAAACUGGAGCCAGAAGCAUAUUCAAAAGAAAAAUUAGAAGCAUCUCCUCAGGACAGGGCAUCACCCGUCUUGCCUCAAAGCCAUACAACUCAACUGGUUUUAAAAUUUAAGGAUCGCACUAGUCCCACUCCUGGGUCAUUUUCUUCACCUAGUAAUGGUGCUAAGAAAAGUGGACCCAUUCCGGUAUCUGCCCACUAUAGCCAUACUCCACCUGUUCAAAGGCAAAGUGUCAUCCAUUUGCAUGAUGUCAACUCCAAGCCAUCGAGCUUCCAAGACGAUACCUACAAGCCAGUGGUUGGCACCUUAAAAACCUGUGCCACCUAUCCCCAACAAAACAGAUCGUUGUCUUCUCAGAGCUAUAGCCCAGCCCGGAUAUCCGGUAUCCGUACAGUGAACACAGUGGAAUCGCUGAGCUAUGCCAUGCCUACUGAACACAAGUCUCAGACAUACACAAAUGGAUUCAAUACUGGCGAUAUUAGAGACUGCUUAGAAUAUGCUGAUGAGGAUGCUCCUCAGACCUGGUUGAACAAUGAAAAAAAUCAAGGCAGAAGCACAGUUUGCCCAAUAUAUUCCAUCCAGCAGAACCACUGUAAGAAGGAGAACUGUUCCUUUUAUGGUCGUCCUGAGACUGAAAAUUACUGUUCAUACUGCUACAAAGAAGAGUUAAAGCGCAGGGAGAGAGAAAGCAAGGGACACAGGCAUUGAGGAUUCUUCUGUGACUACUUAGUUUUACCAUUUUCUUACUUACAAAGUAAACAGUGUUGAAUUACAGUAAAAGGAAUCCUUAAAAAAAGAAUAAAGGAUUGAUGA